UGGUCUCUUCAGAAAUGUACAUAUUUGUGCAUAUAUUUCCUAUGUUAUAUGUCUCAAAACUAAUUAGACUUGACAUUAAACGGUUACUUUGCUUAAUUAUAGAAAGGCAACACGCUAGGUGUCUGUCACGCUGAUUCUCGGACGUCUGGGACAUGUAGUUCCUACACGUAGCUGCUCUGCUAAGCUACACUUGCUCACCAUGUGGAGCCUGGAGUAACUGGGGGCACCAACUUUCCAACCUCAAGCUAGCCGUGUGUGGCACUGUCAGUAAUCAUGUCAUUUUGUUUUAACUUCGAUGUUCCAGCGCAAACAACAAAGCCGGACGACGUGGAUGGAAAUGAGCAGCACAACGGAAAGAAAGGCACUAUUGCUAAAUCUACAGAACAUGAAACUAAACCAGCAGAACUAGUAAAAGAGGCCAAAGAGCACCUUCCACUAUGCGACGUACAGUUCCUCCUUCGGGAUGCUGUCACUGAAACGGUCACCAUAGGAACUCUCCCUCCUCUUCACUUCCUCAACGAGACCGUUUUUGAAAAGACGGCCUCCGAGAGAGAAGACGGAGAGAAAAUUCUCUCUCGCACUGCAGAGCAGAGGUCUGAUCUCAUCUCUGGCGUGUACGAGGGAGGGCUGAAGGUGUGGGAGUGCACUUACGACCUUCUGGAGCUGAUUGAGAAAGACGGAGAGACCUUUGGGGGGAAGGCAGUUUUGGAUUUGGGCUGCGGUGCGGGGCUCUUGGGGAUACUGGCUCUGCAGAGAGGCGCCAGGCAGGUCCACUUCCAAGAUUAUAACAGUACAGUUAUUGAGCAGCUCACGGUGCCAAAUGUUAUAGUAAACUGCCAAGAGGAUGAUGAAGUAGACAGUGAUGAUGACAAAGAUGGGAGGGACAAAGGAAAAUUACAGGAGGAAGAUGGGAAUCAAAAGGUUAAAGACGGUAGUCCGCUUCCUAAGAAAAGAGCCCUGGACCCAUCCCAGCACCCAUUACUAGCCAAGUGUCGUUUUUUCUCCGGUGACUGGAGCACAUUUCUUGCUCUGGUGAAAAAGGAGGAGCCACAGCCCAAAUAUGAAAUUAUAUUCACCUCAGAGACUAUCUACAACACCGCAUACUACCCAACGCUACAUGAGACCCUUCACAAACUGCUGGCACCGGAUGGACUGGUCUACCUCGCCACCAAAUCCCACUACUUUGGUGUAGGUGGGGGACUGCACCUGUUUGAGACAUUUGUGGAGCAGAAGGGGAUUUUCUCUCUAGAUCACCUGUGGGAUGGGGAAGAAGGACUUCAAAGACAUGUUGUAGUCCUGCGUUUUAAAAAGGCAAAACACACUUGAAUAAGUAAAACAAUGUGUGAUAUGCAGCUUUUAUAGAAAUAGAACUGCAAAGAUGAAUGAAAAUAAAAAAUACAAUGAUUUCCUUUCUAUUAAAAGCUUGCAAGUUGUAUGUCACAGCAACUGUGGUAAAAGCUGUAAUAAAAUAUGCAGUCUGA